GGUGGUUCAGUUUGUUGGAAACAGUGAAGAGUGGUGGUUGCGUUUCGCAGUUCUUGAAGUGGAGACUUUACAAACCGGAGAAAUACGUAAACCACUGAGAGUCGCACAGAAAUAUUAACACAAACAUUUUUUUUGACGUGCCGCGAGUGACGUUUGAACAGAAAGCCCUGGAGUGACAAACAUGACCUCCUGAAACCCACUUAGCAUCGCAAUGUACGCCGCCCCGAUCCUGAUCCUAUUCCUGCACCUGACUUGGGCCGUGGCCACGAUCGCGGCCAGCAGUGCCGGCCAGAAUGGCCCGGUGGCAGCCGGAGCAGGGCCUAACGGAUUGCAGUGCCAGCCCAUCGCCGUGUCCGCCUGCCAAGGCCUCGGCUACAACAUGACCGCACUGCCCAACCUGGCAGGUCACACCAAUCAGCUGGAGGCUGAGCUCCAGAUUGCCAAGCUGGUGCCACUAAUAGAAUCCGGUUGCUCGCGUCGCGCCCGCUUUUUGCUUUGCUCGUCUCUGUUUCCGCUGUGCACGCCGGAUGUGCCACGCCCCGUUGCCGCCUGCAAAUUGCUGUGCGAGACCGUUAGGGGCGAGUGUAUGGAAAACGCUCCGCCGGAACUGAUGGAGCUGUGGCCUUCGUUCCUUAACUGCGACGGACUGCCGCAGCCGGAGAAGCACGAGUUGUGCAUGCAGAUUCCACAGGAGGUGGUUGUGCCAGGCGGGAGUCCAAGUGGACCGCCCACCACUGGUUCACCCGGCGUCGAAGAUCACCCGCAGACGUACCGCUUUUGGAAGAGCGCACCGCCCGCCUCUGACUUGGGUGGCGUCCUGUGCCCGCAGAACUUUAGCGGCAGUCCCUUUAAUCCGGAGGAGUGCGUGCCCCAGUGUCAGCGGGACGCCUUCCACACGAGCUCUCAGAAGAAGACGUCUGAAACCCUCAUCCUGGGCCUCUCGGCCGUCUGCUUCGUCCUGACACUGUUCGCCUUGGUGACCUUCUGGGCAGAGCCCACCAGGUUUGGCUACCCCGAGAGACCAGUACUCUUCCUGUGCCUGUGCUACAACCUCUUUAGCGUGUGCUAUCUGGAGCGAAUCGUGUUCCACAACCAAGCAAGGAUGCAUGACGUCGAGCUGCAAGGGCGGCUGAUGCGACCGGGCUGCUUGCUGACGCCCCCUUGCCUGGCCUCCUACAUAACCACCUCCUAUUUAAGCCUGUGUGCGGCCAGCUGGUGGCUGAUAUUCGCCCUGUGCUUCUACCUGUCCUCGCACAAAAAGUGGUCCAGCGAGGCGCUGGAGAAGAGGUCCGGGCUGUUCCACGUCCUGGCCUGGGUGCCACCGCUGGCGCCUCCCAUUGCCGCCCUGCUGCUGGAGAAGGUGCGUCCGAGUGAGCUGACGGGAAUGUGCUACGCACCGGGAUUCGUGGAGCUGCCAGCACUGAUCCUCCUCCUGCUUGGGCUGUACUUCACCCUGAGAGCCUCCAGGUCCCUGCUCUUCCUGCAGCUGCAGUUGCAGCCCACCCUGGCCCACCACCGAUUCGGGCAGAUCCGGAAGCGCUUCGUGCUCUUCUCCCUGCUGUACUUCGUGCCCACGACCGCCGGCGUCGUGGCGGCUCUUUGCGAGCGGUACGCGGAUUCAGUGCCCAGCUGCUCCACUCCCGAUGACUGCCUCUCACCCACUCCGCUCAGUGCCUGGCCAGCGUUGGUUCGGAUCUUCUUCCAGCUAGUGGGGGGAACGUUGACAGGGUUGUGGGUGUGGUCGCGCAAGACCUGCGAGAGCUACAGAAAUCGGCUGGGGGCCAGCGGCACACCCACCUCAUCCCUGAUGAAUCAAAGCAAGGCGGCCGCGGCUCUGCCCAAAAAGCAUUUGUAUACGAGUGGGAAAUCCAUGCUGCCCACGGGGGGAAUCACUCCAUUAUAUGCUGCUAUUAGUUUUCACAAUGUGCCCGUCUACAACCCCAACCAAUCGAGAGUUUAGGCGAUAAAGGAUCCCGCAUGAGGGGCUCUAGAAAAAUCUCGAACCCUACAAUUGUACAUAUAACAUAUACAUACAUCAUAGAAGGCUAUGAGCCCCGGUCAGAGAACAUGAACAUACGCUUAGUUUUUAAGCCCGAAAAUGAGAAACUGAAAUGUGUUAAUAGCUUUAUAGAUCGCGCUCCCCCAAAUACCCAUCACCUUAAGUUUUUAUUAAUAGUUAUCUAGCUAGUCCUAAGUCUGUAAAUAGUAAAACGUUUUAUUCAUAGUAGAAUAAAUUGUAAAUAAAUUAUAUGAAUCAAAAAUGAA